AUGUCUCCCCACAGCGAAGUUACGCUCAAUGAGACGCCAAACGGCAGCGAGCCAGCCACGCCAAACGGCAGUGAACAAGCUCACCACGGCGGCUUCGACAGCUCUUCGCCAUACAUCAUUGGUGCGACUGAGCAGAGCAACAGAAGCCCCGCGCCGUUGACCAACGGACAUCAGUCUGGACGCAAGAUGCACAAGAACAAGUCGCCAUUCCUAGUUCAAUCGGCCUCGGAUUCCGAGUUUGACCUCAUCUGUGUCGGAUUUGGCCCCGCCAGUCUUGCUGUAGCUGUCGCUCUUCAUGAUGCGGUGGCUUCGGGCCAGCAGCUACUGCCCGGUGGCUCAACCCCCAAGGUCCUAUUCAUCGAGAAGCAGAACCGCUUCGCCUGGCAUGCGGGCAUGCUCCUCCCCGGUGCAAAGAUGCAAAUCUCCUUCAUCAAGGAUCUAGCCUCCCUGCGGGAUCCGCGGUCAGAGUUUACGUUUCUCAAUUACCUGCACCGCAAUGGACGGCUGGUAGACUUUACCAACCUGGACACCUUCCUGCCAGCACGCGUAGAGUACGAAGACUAUCUCCGCUGGUGUGCAUCAUAUUUUGAGCACUUGGUUCAGUAUGGCCAAGAGGUGGUGUCUGUUUCUCCCGAGUUGAAAAAGGGAGACGCGGUCCGCACAUUUGCGGUGCAGUCGCGAAAUUCAAAGACUGGUGAGACGCUGACCUUCCGAGGCCGCAACGUUCUCAUUGCCGCCGGUGGACAGCCAAAUUUCCCAAAGAGCUUCCCUUCCAAGCAUCCCAGGAUCAUUCACUCCUCCCAAUAUGCCUACAUGGUACCAGAAAUCCUUUCCAAGAAGGAUGCUCCCUAUCGUGUCGCCGUUCUCGGUGCGGGCCAAAGCGCUGCAGAGAUCUUCCACAACAUCCAGACGUUGUAUCCAAACUCAAAGACAGCGCUGGUGAUGCGACCCGAGUUCCUAAGGCCCAGUGAUGACUCUCCUUUUGUCAACUCAGUCUUCAAUCCCGAAUACAUUGACACGAUCUUCCCCAAGUCAGCAAGGCACCGCAACAACUUCUUGGCUGAGGCUCGGGCUACCAACUAUGGUGUUGUCAGACUAAAUCUCAUUGAGGAGAUGUAUGAGCGUCAGUACGAACAAAAGCGAGACCUCGGCACGGAUGAGAAGAAGUGGCCUCAUAGAAUCAUGGGUGGCCGUCAGAUCACUAGCAUUGAGCCGCGGGAGGAUACCUUGGAGCUCAAGGUUCAGCACGUCUCAGACAGCGAGUUUGAAGGCUUUGUCGACCUUGUCGAUGAAGAGACUCUCGAGGUGGAUCUACUCAUUGCUGCUACCGGCUACCAGCGCAAUGCGCAUGUCGAGAUUCUCCGCGGUACCUGGGAUAUGCUGCCCAAGGCUUCGCCAAUUGGCCAAGAGUAUAACAAGGGCAUCACCGGAUGGAAGGUCGAGACCGACCAGGGCGAGCGCAAGCUGUCAGUUGGCCGAGACUACCAAGUCAAGUACAAGCCCGGAUCAGUAGCAAAGGAGUCGGGCGUCUGGCUUCAGGGAUGCUGCGAAGGCACCCACGGGCUGAGCGAUACUCUCCUGUCGGUGCUGGCAACACGGUCGGCAGAGAUUGUAAACUCCAUCUUUCCCAGCAACCAAUGA